AAGAAAAAGAACAAGCAGAUUGCCACCCUUUCAUGUUUCACACGAUAACUGAUCAACCUCACCAGUGAAUUAGUGAUCACCACCACGCCACUCUGAUUCAGUCAGCUGUUAUCCUGCUCCACCAUGGCUAUCAUGCGCGGGAGGAGCCGGUUAACGUCGGGGGCGCCACCGCCGUCACCGAUCCCGACUGCCAAAGGAUCGCGCUCUGCAUCCAACGAAAACUUCACGCAAUUCCUCGACAAGUGCCUGCAAAUCCCCGACCUCGCAUGGCCACCUCAGCUUCACCCUCACUUCUCCGGCACACGCCAUUCCGUUCCCGCCGAAGUCGAUCUCCGAUCGCUCUCCAGCGACGCCAUCGCGCGGCUUCUCGUAUCGGCCAGAGAAUCCGGCGCGUUUCGGAUCACCAAUCACGGGAUUUCGGCCGAGGAGUUGGGAUCGGUGGUUCGGGAAGCCGAAUCGGUUUUCGGAAAUGACGGAAAUCUCACUCGACGUUUCGUUGAGCCCACUGGCAAUCGUGAGGAGAUUAAAUGGGUUCGUGAAUCGGGCCAAAAAGUGGCGGAGGACGAAAAAUAUCGGGUCUUUUGUAAAAGUAUGGAGAAGGUUGCAAGCAAAGUUGAAGCAAUUGCAGAUCAAGUGAGUGAAGUUUUGUUCGCAAAUCCAGAGAAGCAAGUUGAGAAGAAGAUGAGAAGUGAACUGGGAAAAGUUAGGCUAUACAGAUACAAUCAUCAAGAUCAUUCAAUGGAGCAAAACCCAAGUAGUAAUUAUUUGCAGAAUGAGAUCAUUAAUGGAAAUAAUUUGCGUGAGUGUGAGGAUCAUCAUGCUUUGUGCCUUCACCUUCCGCUUGAGCAUUCUCAGUUCAACAUCCGAUCAGAGGGAGAGGGAGGCUCUCUGUGUUUUGAUGCAGGGCCAGAGACUCUAGUUGUCACUGUUGGAAAUCAGCUUGAGGGGUUUAAAUGUGUUUCAGGGGAAAUGAUCUUUGUCCCAGACAUCAUUAGAAGCCAAGCCUCUUUUUCCAUACAAUUCAAAGUCCCACUGCUUUCGAAUUCGAGAAAAAAGUCUAACACAGUUUCAAUUACUGAUCAAAUUUUCAUUGCAGUCAUCCUCUGUUUACUAUACAUGAUUUUUGUGUUUGUAUAUACAUACAUUACAACAACAUAGACACCAUUGAAAAAAAAACACUAUUUUCUCUACUAUUUGGGUGAGAUUAAUUGAUUGGUUUUGAGGUUUUUUGUUUUUUAAGAAUCUUAUACGAGGAUACAAUGAUCAUGUACAGUAUGGGAUCCAUGGCUUGAAGGGUUUUGGUUUGUUCACACCACUGAAUUGUAUUGUAUGUGCAGAGUUCAAAGAUUUUGUGUCACCAGUUUGAUUCAUUUGUU